CUCCAACAUACUGUCGUGAAAUGUUUACGGUCCUCACUUGUUCCGCUUUACGUUAGUCAUUGCAAUGAGGGACACCACUCCAGUUUCCAUGGCACUUUGUAUUUGAAUGUGUCUUUUACAGACCGACGCUGUGUCUGUGUUGGAGGAUGGACCCUGUAGUGUUGAGCUAUCGCGACAGCCUGUUGCGGCGCUCGGACGUGUCCUUACUCGAAGGACCUUACUGGCUCAACGACCAAGUCAUUGGUUUUGCCUUCGAGUACUUCGCUGCCGAGACCUUCAGAGUCCUGGGGGAGACCGUCAUCUUCAUCAGCCCGGAGGUCACCCAGUUUAUCAAGUGUGCCUCGUGCCCCGAGGAGCUGGCACUAUUUCUUGAGCCGCUGGAUCUCGCUUCUCGUCGCUGGGUCUUCCUCGCUGUGAACGACAACUCCAACCAGAGCGCCGGCGGGUCCCACUGGAGCCUUUUGGUCUACCACCACAGCUCCAACCACUUUGCCCACUAUGACUCUCAAAACGGCAGUAAUUCACUGCACGCGCGGCGCAUUGCCGGCAAGCUGGAGCCCUUCUUGGGUGCGGGGAGGAAAGCGUCAUUCCAGGAGGAACCCUGCCCUUCGCAGAAGAACAGCUAUGACUGUGGCAUGUAUGUUAUCUGUAUCGCCGAGGCCCUGUGCGAGAAGGCGAGGGCGGAGGGCUCGCCGCACCUUCCUGUGCAAACCAUCACCCCGGCCUACAUCACCCAGAAGAGGGUCGACUGGCGCAGACUGAUCCGGAGUCUUAAGACACAAUGACCUCUGCUGCUCACUUUUCCUUAGCACGUUGAUUUCCCCCCUCAGUAUACGCAGAACCGCUGUCAGCCACCACAUAUCUACUGCUGGAGCAUCAGAAUGCACUCCUUGAAUACAAUAUUUAACUAUAUGAAAUAUAUUUCUAUAACAGUCUCUUAUCAUACUCCAUAACAGAAAAAAAAACUUAAAGCAAUGUUGUGAAACAGUUGGUGUCGUGUUAAUCUCAUGUUUGCACAGCAACAUACAGUCUGUAAAGAAGCCAGCAUGCCGAUAAAAGGAGCUUCCACCCUUAGACAUAUGUAUCGAGGAUGUUGACGGAGGCAGGGCACACACUGUCUUUGCUCCAUUUCCUCAUAUUGGAGCAAACGUAGAAAUGUUUACACAGAUUAUUUGCUCAGGGUCGUUUGAAAUGAACUGGAUCUGACGAGAAGAAUGUGUGAAUCUUAACUGUGGCUCCGACUUUAUGCCUCAUCUGUUCUCCGUAACAUCUGUAACUAGAAACGACGGUUCAGAGGAAACUGCUGUGUGUGUGCGUGCGUGCGUGUUCUCACAUAAAGCAAAUAUCAGAGUCAUCUGUUGACCUAAUAAAUGUUACUGCUGUCACACUUCUUUGUUGACAAAAGGA